CGUGGUCUCUGGGCAGCUAUUUCAUUUCGCUGCUCUGCUCGAGAUUGUUGCUUUUAUUAGUAUUUUUUUUUCUUCUUUCAUCUCGCUCCACUCGGCGCGCUUCGGAUCGUGCGCGUCUCAAGAGCUCUGCUGCGUUUGUCGUCCUCAAGCGGGCGGCACAUCGCAUCGUCUCGUCGUCGCUGUCGGUUUGCACUAUACUCGCGUGCGCUGGGUCGCGAUUUUCCUGCUUGGAUAGGAUUUGAUCGUCGUUGUUGGCGCUAUACCACGCCAGAAAGGGCAACACAACAACAACAAUAACAAAAAACUAUCCACGCCGCGGCAAUGGUCAUCCUCCUAUGAUCUAGGGAGGCGUCGUCGGUUCACUAACUAGUUCUAAAAACAAGCUCGAUGGUCCAUUCUGAGGUUCGUUGUGUUCUUGUUGGCGCAUGAAACGCGUGUGUCGAGGGCUGUAAUUAUUGGCAGUGACUAUUAUUUCUCCGGUCUGCGGUUCUCGUCGGCACGCUACAAGGAAGAAACUGUGACGAAUCGGGAAGAACCGGGAAGUGAGCCUUGGUGUGCUGCGAACGGUUGUGAUUAAGAACGGUGAGCCCGGAUUACAUCUAGUGGGGCUACUGGUGGUAUGCUGCGAGAACAUAAACAAAACAAAACAAUGUUAAGGAAGGAAGAGAAUCAGAAACUGGAGCAGUAGUGUGGAAAAUUAUAUUCUGACUCAUGGAUGUGUGUGACCGAGUUCCCUGCUAACGGAAGUGAGUGAAGUGCGGAAGACGGCUGCCACCAUUGAUUGGGUGCAAAACGAUAAAUGGAUACGAUUUGUGUUCGAAAGGCAGUUUGAUUGAUUGCGACAGCAAACGUUGAAGUGAUUUAAAAUAAAAUACAUACGAAUAACAUCAACGGGUGAUUAGACGACGAACUUGAAAAGUGUGGUGCUCUUGGUUGUUUAUACUCUACACACAAAAAAAAGAGUUAAAAACGAAUGCUGAACAUGUGUGUUGCUAUCGGAAUACAAUAAUCAGAUCACAAGAUACAUUCCCGUUAGUAACGAGUCACUGCCAUGAUCUUCAACUGAUUGGUCUCAUCCAGUGCGUAUGACAGCAAGCAAACAGCGUUGGCAAAACAAACGAAUACUGAUUUCAACGCAACAACGCAGACGAACCUGCUCUCAUCUGGAUAAUGAAUUGGCAAGCCACUGAACGCACAAAUCUUAAGACACAAUAUGAGCUAAAUACUGCGACCGAUGAAAGUGUUUUGUAACAGUGUGAUUUUCAGACUUAUUUAGCAAAUAAUCCGGAAUCAAAGUGUCGCACCAGUGAUCGCCAUGAUAAUGCCACAGGACAACAAGUGAACAAAAAAGUGAAGUUACGCGAAGCUAGCAGAUUCGUUCGUAACAACUACAACAAACUGCCGCAAAGAAGAACGGACUGAGUUAGUGCGCGAUUAAAGAUAAUGACGAAUGAUUACCAACUUCAUCGGGCUGUUUUCUCGACCAGCGAGCCUGAGAGAGCAGGUGUUCGGGUUGUGCUAGUUACUGCUGGAAGAAAGUGAAACUGUACCACUGCAGAGUGCGAGACCUUGAGUGUAAGGAUUUUUUUUUGGUCUCAUGCGUACGGAGAGUGAAGAAAGAAGAUUACCGUGAUUGUAUCCCACGGUAUUCCCGUCGGCGGAUCGAAGUGAAGUCAUUUGCAAGUAAUUGAACGAUACGAUCGGAUGGACGGGGGACGGGAGGCGAGUGUCUUUUUUGUGUGUUCGGUUUGGGAUUAAAUUAUUUAACAAAAAAGAGUAUCGGAUGGACUGCACCACCGGCUUAUGCUAAUUAGCUGUCCUCUAUCGAAGACCGAGAGAACUUAAAGUGCGUGGUUUCAAUUUUGGAGUCGUGAAAAGAAGAUUCGCAAGGCUAUGUGAUCGCCAUCAGAAGAAAACGAGAAGACAUAAUAAAAAGCUUUGUGGGAAAAAGGCAAACCGCGGGGUGAAGUGAUGCGUUGACUUUUUGAGAUCCUGAUGUGAUCGUUACGUAGUAGCCGUUCCUGACCUUUGCGAUAGCGGUGUGAUCUUUCGGUUUAAAAUUCCUUGUGCACAUACACACACACCCUCGUACUCGUAGUGCGGAACGAACCUGAGCAGAAGACAGUCAAGAGCGGUGUUUAUUGAAUGUAUGAAGAAGAAAAACAAGAUCAUACUUCGUGCUCUGGUUCAACAAUCAGCUCACGUCGACGGAAUGAUGAAAAUAUGCUCAAAAAGUCAGCCACUCGAGCGGCUCUGCUCGGACUGACCUUUCCCGUGUGGAUCUUCGACGAUUCCGAAGUGGUCGUGUUUGUGUUAUAAAUAAUUUCAAGUACCUCAACCUCCGACGAAGAGUUAUCUUCCUGCGUGUAAAACAUUUCUCAACUGCCUUGCCCCUUUUCCUGCCCGGAACCGCUCCUCAGGUGCAGUGACUUUUAACGAGUGAAGAUCGGGCGUACAUUUACUAAAUGACACUUUGCGUUAAUGUGCAGAGCCCUCCAAGUUUUGACUUUUUGCUGCGUCCUUCGGUUGACAUUAAGAUAAAGUUGCACUAAAACAAAACAAAAUAAAAGAACUUCGUGUGGUUGGUCGUUCAGUAGAUUGACUGAUCUGGUAAAGGUCGAGGAAGCCUGCAAAGAAUCAUCCGUAUUUAGUUGAUGAUAUUUGAUGAUUCGAUGGGGCCAGGAAAGUGAGGCAACACGAGCCCAAAAAAGUGCAGACGGCUGACAAAACAAACACAAUUCCGGAUUUGUGUCGGGUGUGAAGAAGAGUUCCCACUUGGCCAGCGCUGAAGUACAAUAGUGUCCAUUAUAUUGGGUAGCAUCGAAACGCGUGGUGGUCGCCAUCAAGUGCCAGAGCGCUGAGGAAGAACAAAACUUAUUUUAUUUCGUUUUUCGAAAAGUCACACUUUCAAGUGUGGAUCAUCUGUGCCUGUGCGGUGGGUCAUCGCAGAUGCGGACCUUAUCUUUGCUCUGGGAGAGUGAAGUGGAACAUAUCUUGAAGGCACUGGACCAAGUGUGUGUGUUUUGGUGAUUUUUUUGUUUUGUUCGUUCGACCGUCCGUGGCUUCGUCUGGAGUGAUUCUGUCAGGAACGAAACAGCUUUAGCGAAGAUAUCAUCAUCAGCAAUAGCAACAGCAUCAACACAUAAAUGAGACUCACCUUGCGAAACCUGCUGCCUCGCUACCAAUGGAUGUCUAAAACCUUGAAGAAAUCAAUCAACUCUUCAGCGUAGAGAGAAUAAGAAAAAAAAAAUCUGACCAACCUGCCCCGCUAACUGUCUGCCCAGAAGACAUAAAAAAAAUGGAUCGACUCUAAUCACUUCAGACUGCUCCGGUCGUAACAAAACAGCCGUAACGAGACGAAAGACGCGUUCGGGCACGGAUCUUAAUUUUUGCGACAUUGUUUUAGCGACUCGUCAACCUCUUCUUUUCCAGCGAUUUCGAACGAAAAAAUAGAAACCGCACCUAAUUGGGGGAAAAGGUUUCCACGGCGACCCGUGGAAUGCCAAGGGAGAUCGAGCAGUGACCGUGCUUCCUAAAAAAAAGAUGCGAGAAAAAGAUCACUCACCGAGAAAAAUGCUUCCCAGUCCUAAGCAAGGGGCGGUCUACCCGCUACUUGGUCUGGGUUCGACCGCAUCGGCCCAGCUUCCGUACGAUUUCUCCACCAACAACCGUUCGUCGUCCUCGAAUUUGCUUCACCAGCAGCAGAGUCUGCUCGAUCAACCCUUAGAUCUUCGAGUGGAUCACAAAAAAUCUACCAACAGCAGCAGCUCGACGUCUGACGAAGAAGAACUUCCACGGACCUCCAUGGAGGAUGGCAAACCUAGCAGUGUGAUAUCUUUCCAGGACAAUAACAACAAUAACAACGUUAGCAAUAACAAUACCGCAAGUAAUCGCAAAAGCCCAAGUCCUAUCAGCAAUAACAACAAUAACAACAACAACAACAACAACAACAACAACAACAACAACAACAACAACAACAAUAGCAUAAAAUAUACCAACAAUAACCACAUAAACGUUAAGGAUGAGUUCCGAAUAUCUAACCUAGCCGGUCAUAAUCCUCCUAUAUUUCCACCGCCGGGAAUCAACCCGUUGAUGUUGGAAGCGAUCGCGAAAGCAGGUCUACCCCUGCCAGGCUAUCGAAACUCAUUCUUGCCUGCUCGAUCUCCGGUCGCCUAUGAUCUUCAGCGAUUGAAGGAACGUGAUGUCCUCGCAGCAAGCCUUUCCCAGCUUCGUCAAGGGACGAACGGAAACGGGAUCCCGAAUAACAACAACAAUAACAAUAACUCCAACAGUAUCAACCAUAAUCUUCCACCGGGUGCAACUAAGAACAAGGAUCGCUAUUCGUGUAAAUUUUGCGGUAAAGUUUUCCCCCGUUCUGCCAACCUUACCCGUCACCUACGGACGCAUACCGGCGAACAGCCGUACAAGUGCAAAUACUGUGAACGUUCCUUCAGCAUAUCGAGUAACCUUCAGCGCCACGUACGGAACAUUCACAACAAGGAACGACCCUUCAAAUGUGCCCUUUGUGAGCGUUGCUUCGGUCAGCAGACCAACCUCGAUCGUCACCUUAAAAAGCACGAAGCGGAUGCCGCCGGGCUCGGGCUGGGUUUGGAUGAACGUCUCCGGGCGGCACGCCGAAAUAGUCGGGGAAUUCCCGAGGAUUCCUAUUUCGAAGAGAUUCGUUCCUUCAUGGGCAAAGUUACUCAGCUUCCCAUUCCGUUGAGGAUGCAACCUCAGCACCACCAACCACACCAAUCGCAACUACAGCAACAACAUUCGCCCCUGGCGACGCACGUGCCGACUUCGCAGCAGCACCAGCAUGCCCAGCUGGAACAAAGCUCAUCCCGUAGUUCGACGCCAUCCGAUCCGGCUUCGCCAGCAGGAAGUUCACGCAGUGCACAGCUAGAGAUCAAGAUGGAAGCCAACGAUGACGAGGAGGAUGAAGGGGAACAGGUGCAGGUUACCUGACCGGAACCAAGUGCUCCCAUCGUCCACAUUUUGCCGUGUAGAAAAAGGUGGUGGUGAUCGACGAUCACCCGGUGGCAGUUUUCUUUGAAAAACACUCAAAUUUUAUUGUAAUCUUUCGAAAUAUUUCGUAUACAGUUUUGUUUGUACUUCAAAAGAACAUCUACUUGAAAGCAACCGCCCCCCAAACUACCUAUGCAAUGUUACACAAUGUACAAUUAAAUGAAAUUCCUGUUAGCAAUUGAUAAGAUUAAAUGUCGUCUCAUUACAACAACCACAAAACUGAUCGAUCGGCCUCAAUUCCUGGUUCGGAAUCGAACUACGUCGACUGUGUAGAUUACCAACGUAGUCCUCGUAUAUGCAAAAACGAAAAAAAAUAACAAUCCAAUCGAACAACUCAAUUGUAGUUUUGUAUGUGUAGAAUGUUUAGUUUGUUCCAUUCGAAUAGUAUUAUCAUAGUUUAGCGUUUAGCGAUAGAUCGUACUAGCACUAAUUUCCUCCUACCGGUCCGGGACUACUAAACCCCAGGCGGCUACAGGAGGGAAUACAAAAUACUCGUUUUGCCAUAUGAUCUUUGUUUCUAGCAUGUAGGGUAAGUGAAGACGUCGAAAUUUUAGAAGCAAAUUUUACACGUGACGCGAAAGAAGCAAAAUAAAAAGUUCAACCAAAGCCAAAUAAGCGAUAUUCGUACUAAAAUUACGUGUAUAUGUAUUACGCAGAACAGGAUAAAAGUUAUGAAAAGAUUACACGUUUUUGUAAAGGUUUGAUUUGUUUCUGAAACGAACAUGAACGUUAAAAGUAUUUGUUGAAGUUUAUAAUUGGUUAGUUGAUUAGAUUCGAAGUUUUUUUGUCCUUGUUAACUCACUUUUACCUAGUUUAAUACACACUCGAUUGUUACUCAAUUAGUUCUUAGAAGAAAAACCACACACUAAAAUUCAGCGGAGCGGAAAAUCAAGGCUAUCGAAAACUCCAUUUCCAAUACGAAUGUGAUCAGAACGAAAGUAUUGUUUGUUUGUUUCGUGAACCAGUGCCUAGUGAACUAGAGGAAAUCUUAGUGAUAUCGAAGGAAAAUCUUUACCAUAUUCGUCUAAACAACAUUUGGGUCCUAAAUGUUACACAGAUACAAUUCACAGAAAGUGUUCCUUAUAGAAAAAUAUGUUUUUAUAAAUGAGCACCGGUUACAAGCAAGAAGAUAAGUUACCAUUACAGAACACUAACUUAAUUGAAGAAUCAAUUACCAUUUUACUACAGAAGUUAGUUCAUUCACGCAACGGAAAGUAAGUUUUAACGAGUAUAACAAGCUCCUCUCGCACCUUUAUCCCCAUACCUUAAAGUCUAACAACUAAUUCAAUCCGAAAUGCAACUGUAUAUCCUUGUAUGUCUCCUCAAUGUUUUAAUAAAAUAAAACCCGUCAGCACACAAAACUCCUUAGUCUAAUAUGCGAGGCAGACCGAAAUAGUGUUACAGGUCGCGAUUGUGGACCCUCGUCGUAAGACGGGUUCGAAAAUGCGACUCGACAAAUGUGUACCUUUGUAAUGAAU